CGGCCCGAGACGCGCUGUUGAGGAUUUUGGGGCAUGAUGAGCGGAGGGGACUUUGUCCGCCUGUAAGGCCACGCUCGGUUACUUUCAACUCAACCUCAAAACCUUUGGUGGGAUGGACCGAUAUCCGCGAGUCAUGACUUAGUCAUCGCUCUCCUGUCGUGAACCUUGUGAGAACUGAGAAGCACUGAACCUUCAACUCACGUUCUUCAACCCAAGGACUCAAAAUCGUGUGCCAAAAGGCCACGGCCGGCAAAAGAUGGCUUCGCCAAAGUAUUUGACGGGCGACAAGGCCGCCAUUAACGCCUUCAUCGACCAGUUUGACACCUUUCUCUUUGACUGCGACGGCGUCCUCUGGUCCGGCGAUCACGUCUUCGAUGGCGUCCCCGAGACGAUAAGCAUGCUCCGCUCCCGCGGCAAGCGCACCGUCUUCGUCACCAACAACUCGACCAAGUCCCGCGACGAGUACGUCAAGAAGCUCACCAACCUCAACAUCCCCGCCGAGGUCGAGGACGUCUUCGGCUCCGCCUACUCCUCCGCCGUCUACAUCUCCCGCAUCCUGGACCUGCCGCCCAACAAGCGCAAGGUCUUCGUCAUAGGCGAGGCCGGCGUCGAGAGGGAGCUCGCCUCCGAGGGCGUCGCCUUCGUCGGCGGCACCGACGAGCGGCUCCGCAGGGACAUCACGCCCGCCGACUUCCAGGGCAUCGCCGACGGCUCCCUGCUCGACCCCGAGGUGGGCGUCGUGCUGUGCGGGCUCGACUUCCACAUCAACUACCUCAAGCUUGCCUACGGGCUGCACUACCUGAGGCGCGGCGCCGUCUUCCUCGCCACAAACACCGACUCAACCCUGCCCAUGCACCACGACCUCUUCCUCGGCGCCGGGUCCGUCAUGGUGCCCCUGGCCAACGCCACGGGCCGGCAGCCGCUCGAGCUCGGCAAGCCGAGCCAGGCCAUGAUGGACGCCAUCGAGGGCAAGUUUCACUUUGACCGCUCGAGGACGUGCAUGGUCGGCGACCGCCUCAACACCGACAUCAAGUUCGGCGUCGACGGCAAGCUGGGCGGCACCCUUCAUGUCGAGACGGGUGUUGAUAAGAAGGAGGACUGGGAAAAGGCCGACGCCAUCGCCGUUCCCUCCUUCUACGUUGACCAGUUGAGCGAUCUGAGGCAUGCAGCAUGAAACAUGAUAGAGCAGAACUACACAUUAGACCUGUCGCGGCGCGAUUUACGAUAGCCGCUCACGAUAGAUCCUAAUUUCGUCCGCCACAUCGCCUCGCCCGAGAAUUGAAAUUCAUGAUGCUCC